AUGACUCGAAGACAAAAUCCAACCGUGUAAACUAUAUUCCGUAUUAUAUUGUAGCCUAGUUGUUCCCAAAGGUUAAAACUCAAGGGAUAGUCAUGGCGGCCGAUGCCGAGGUAACGGGAAAUUGCAGAAAACGGAAGAGAAGAGGAGGAAAAGGAAGGAACCGCAACAAAUCCUUGAAGAAUUCAAUUACCUCUUCUACUGCUACGUUGAAUGUUGCCUCUAAUUCCUCUCUAUCCAAUUCUACUUCUACUAAAUCAUCGAAUUUUCUCGAAAAGAUGAAGGCUAGGUUAUCGGGAGGCCAUUUCAGAAUGCUCAAUGAAAAGCUAUACACUUGCACUGGGAAGGAUGCUUUGAAGUUUUUCAAGCAGGACUCUUCACUAUUCAAUAUGUAUCAUGCAGGGUAUCAAGAACAAAUGUCACAUUGGCCUGAGCUACCAGUUAAUGUAAUCAUACAAUGGCUGAAAGAUCACAGAUCAUCUCUUGUUGUUGCUGAUUUUGGUUGUGGGGAUGCACGCUUAGCAAAGAAUGUAAAGAAUAAAGUCUAUUCAAUUGAUCUCGUUUCUAGUGAUCCUUCUGUUAUUGCUUGUGAUAUGUCAAAGACUCCCCUGGAAUCAUCUUCAAUAGAUGUUGCUGUAUUCUGCCUUUCACUCAUGGGAACUAAUUAUCCUAGUUAUCUUCAGGAAGCACACCGAGUUCUUAAGGCAAGUGGCUGGCUCUUGAUAGCUGAAGUGAAGAGUAGGUUUGAUCCAGACACUGGAGGAGCAGAUCCCAACUUAUUUUCCAAAUCCAUAUGUCAACUAGGAUUUACGGCGGUAACAAAGGAUUUUUCGAACAAGAUGUUCAUCCUGUUUUAUUUCAAGAAAAAGGCAAAGGAAAGCAGAGAUUUGAAUGAGAUUGAAUGGCCUGAUCUAAAGCCUUGUCUCUACAAGCGUCGAUGAACAAUUGUGAAGUUGAUGGUUUUCCUUAUAUAGUGGACUACCUUCUGUAUAUUUAAAGCUAGCUUCGUUAUGUUAGGAAGAAUUCGAUGCUCGAAAAUGAUUUUUCGAAAGCUUUGAUUCUGGGAAAAGGUUGCUGGAGUACAGAUGAUGAAUCGUUCUCGAAUCUCGUCUUCUGACAAAUAGAUUAUUUUGUUUUAUUUUAUUUUCAAAAUUUAGUAAUCAUAGGAGAUUUUAAGGUUUGUAACUGACAUUUUUUUUUUGAAGAUUGGGUUGUUUUUUUCCUGUUUCCUUGUUUUUUUGUGCAAUAUCCUCCUUUUGUAUGGUAGUCUUGGGUUGUACACUUGGUAAGCCUUAAUACAAGCAAGAGUUGUGUGGUAAUAUUUAUUUUUUUAA